AUGCCAUUACCUAAGACCCGGAUCAACGGAAAACGUUUGGAAUCAGCCGAUACACUUAGUAACAUACUAUCGGUAUAUUCGAUUCUACUCGGAUGGUAUGUGCAUUACGUUGUUAACGACUUCCGAACCGACAUCCGUAGUCAGGAAUUUUUCGCCCGAAUACAAAUCAAAGGGGUUUAUGAAUGGGAAAUGGGUAUUAGAAGGGGAUAUCUUAAAAAUCUCGGCAGUGGAUCAAGAUCUGCCGAGAUUUCAAUUUUUUUUGAAUUUUCAGUUGAGAUCGACCUCAAGAGGGAAGAAUAA